AUGAUUUGGUAUUUAUUAUUUUUAAAACUUAACAAUAGUACUAAUGAAUUAUCUAGUGAUACGGUUGAGAAUAAAAAUACAAAUUUAAAACGGAGACAAAAUGAAUUUGAUAAUCAACCUGUUUCAGAAAAAGCAAAAAAAAUAACUAAAUCAGAUAAUGAAGAAGAGCCUCCAACAAAACGACAAAAAACAGAUGAAACAAGUAAAAUGAGUGGAGAAACCAUAACAGGAGAAUUAGAAGAACCAAUAACGUUGGAAGAAUUUAAUGAAAUUAUAGGAUUUGAAGGAUUAGAAGAAAUAGAAGAAAAAAUGGAACCGGAUGCAAUAAAAGAAAUAAUGCAAUCAGAAAAUACACAAAAUAUCAUUUUAUAUUCACAUAUAACAGAAGAAACAUUUAAUUUUUUUGUUGAGUUAUCGAAAAGAUACUGGAAAGUCGAUCCAUUGUCAUCUUGUUUUCCAGAUGAUAUAAAUAAACAAUACAAAGAAAGGAUUUAUGAAAUUGUACAGAGAAACAAUUUUUCAUUUCCAAUAUCGAUGUUUGAUUAUUAUAAACUUUUAAAAACACAAGAAUUUAAAGAAUCUGAAUUAGAAGAAAUUGCUGAUUUAGAUUCUAACAUAAUUCAAAAUAAUUCCAACAAAUUGAAUUUUAUUGAAUGUUUUUUAUUGAAAUUUGUUCAUAUUUUAACAUUUCAAAGUCGUAAUGUUUGUAUAGAUCAAAACAUAGAAAUAAUUAAUAUGCUCAUAGAUUUGAUAAACAGGUAUGUUAUGUUUUAUUCGUAUUUAUUAAUAUUAAAAGAAGUAGUUAAUAUGAUAAACAAUAAUGACAUUGAUAAUUUACAAAAGACGAAAGAAGAAUUAAUUUAUUCAAUUAACCAAAAUUUUCUUUCAUAUUUAAGCAAUUUAUCAGACAAAGAAAAAUUUGAUAAUUAUUUUGAUAUUACUAACUGGUUAAAUGAAUAUUCUACUGAUAUAAAUAUUAAUAUAAAUGAAGAUUUAGGAGAUUUAGGAGAUUUAGUAGAUUUAAAAUUAUUUGAUUAUUUGGAUAAUUUUUCCAAUUUAAUUAAGAAACAACAUGAUGGAAAUCAAAUGAAAAAAAUUAUUGAAAGAUUAAGUUAUAUGUAUUUUGGAUUUAUUCAUCUUUCAUAUAAACAAAUUGCCUCUGAAAUAAAAACAAAAUGCUUUGAUCAUGUAGAAAAACAACUUAUUAAAAAAAUAUUUAGUCUUUUAGAAUAUCAACUUCUAAAUUAA